GGGGAUUCUUAAAAAUCAGAGAGACAUAAAAAGUAAUUAGUGAGAAAAUUAAGAAAAACAAAGUCUAUUCCAUACGAAUAAGAGCCUCAGGUAAAAAACUUCAUCAUAACAAGUUCGUUUUAGAUAAUUUAGAGGUUAGAAUUCGUUUUUUUGUUGUUCUGCUCGUUAUUGGGUUUGCUUGAUAUUCUUGUGAUUCUAGAGAUUCUACAUAACACGUAUAAAUUAAAAAAGACAAAGGCUUGUGAUUAAAUUUAUGUUAUAAUUUAUAAUCUAUAGUCUAUAUAGGUAGAUGUAUUUAUAUGUAUAAAAACGAAGGUUCAUCGAUGAUCCUGCCUUGUUUUUAGUCUUUUAGGUUAAGAGUUAAUUUUUUAAAAGAUGGGUUAUUGGAAGUCGAAGGUUGUUCCAAGGAUGAAGAAAUUGUUCGAGAAGAGUCCAGCAAAAAAGGAAGUUGUUGAGGAGGAGAAGCCACGAGAGGUGGAAGUCGUGGAGGAGGUCGUCGUGAAAACCGAAGAACCGGCCAAGGAAGGAGAAACUAAACCGGAGGAAAUAAUUGCAACCGGCGAGAAAGAGAUAGAAAUAGUUGAAGAGAAGAAAGAAGAGGCUAAACCGGUGGAGGUUCCGGUCCUCGCAGCUGCGGAGGAGAAGAAGCCAGCCGUAGAAGAGGAGAAGAAGACGGCGCCGGUGGAAGAGAAGAAGCCAGCUGUGGAAGAGGAGAAGAAGCCUGCCGUGGAAGAGAAGAAACCUGUGGAGGAGGAGAAAAAAGAAGUUGUUGCCGCUGUUCCGGUGGCUGAAACUCCUUCGACUAAGGCUCCCGAAACUCCGGUGGUUGAAACUCCGGCCAAGGCUCCGGAAACUCCGGCGGCUGCGCCACAAAAGGCUUGAAUUUUCUUCAUGGUACAUUUUUCUAAAAAAAUAUUGAUUGUCUUUGUGUGGAUAAUUUAUUUUCUUUGUUUAUUUGUCUUAUUAUCCAUGUGAAUUUCCUCUAUAAAUUAAUUUGCUUGCUUGAAUUAUAUAUUCUUAUGAUCCAAAUCCUCCAUUUCUAAA